AUGACCAUUACUUGUGCCAGUGCGAGAUGGGGUUACUUUUUUAUAAAUAAACCAAUCUACUAAAAAAAUGCUCAAUUCCUUGAAUUGCAAAAAUAUACUGUUUAGUUAAUCUAACCGUGUAAUUUUUCGAAACAGUAAUAAUCGUUUACACCUUUUAAUUAAAAUGGAGCAGUACAGCGGAAGAUUCAAUAACACAUUAUAUAAUGCUAUAUCCUGGCUAAUUCUAAUUUUUUACAUAAUUCACUACCUGUUCGAUGUCUUAGUUAACGCAUUACUACGUAGAAUGAGGUUUAAAGAGUAUAUACGAAUUCGUCUGCGAAGAUCAUUGUGGUAUUUUGGUUUUUACGCUUGCGGUUUUCUAUAUUGUAGUGCAACAUCGUGGAAAAACAACAUUGCGUUUCCAAAUAAAUAUACAUUUUAUAUUUUGGACUUAACUGAACCCAUUUCGGAUCACUUGAUUAUUGGUUACGCAUUAUUGACUGCCUUUUAUGCAAGUAGUUUCAUUUGGGAAAUGUGUCAAUGCUCAUUUUCCUCAUUUAGUUAUAUCUUUUUAACAGGUUUUACGGCCUUUACAUACUACCUUCGAUAUAUUGAACUGGUUGUCUUAUUCACCAAUACAUUCAGCAUCGUCUAUGUCAUUACAGAAUUGACACGUUGUCUAUUGUGCAUCAUAAAACCUGAGGGUACUACUAAACUGCUCAUGCAAAGCAUCCUUCUUAUGCUUCUGUCUAUUUUCUCUGUUUUAUACUUAUGGAUUAUUCCAUUGAAUUUUCUUCUUCCAUUAGCUCAAGGAUUUUUAAACAAUUCGUCUUCUUUUAUAAUGAUCGGUUUGAACGUGUCCUUAUGGGGAUGGCUCGCUUGCGAGGUCUACACGAGCCCAUUGUAUCGCCUUAUUCUCCAUCAGUGGUAUCACCGAAGCAAUCCCAAUAACGUGCCUGAGUGCUUAGGCACGACUACCGAGUGUGCCUUGUUUUUGCCACGUGAUGACAUCGCUUAUAAUUUAAAGAUAAUACGACGAGAAAUACAAGAGAGACAGGACAAAGUGAUGGCCCUUCGUAAACCUAAAAAGAAAGCCUGUAUAUUGUUUCAAACUUUAAAAUGUGUCGCCGCGUUAAACAAAAAAAUGAAAUUUCGUAAGCAAACAGAUAGUAACAGUGAUAAUAAUAUGGUGGGGGUUGAAGCUGAAGAAUCAAGCCCUUUGAUGGUUGAUAAUGAGAAUUGCAAUGAACUUACCUCCCUUCAGUGAAAGGUAUCACACUCAUAAUUUAUCAAAUUGACUGUAGAAAACAACGAAUCAAAGACUGAUUGUAAUGAACGAGCACAUGUAUUUUAUCUUCGAUUAUUAAUGAAAUGUAUUAUAUCUUGGAUUCAGUAAUUAUUCUAGUCAGAAUAGUGUGGCCUUAGUUCAUCUAUUGGAAGUUGACCCACACAACUUAUUAAGUAUUUUCUUAAUCUACUAAUUAUAUAGUCUUAAUAUAACGGGU